GCCAUAUAUCAGUAUGUGCAUAUAUACAUCAGUCAGUGACUUCAACCAUAAGAAUCCUCCUAACCAGUUUACCCAUCUUCCUUGUUGAAAGAACUCACGAGAGCCGACAUCAUGUUAUUUAAGACCAUUGUGAUCUUGUUGUCAUGUGCUUUCGCUCCUGGUUUAUCAUAUGAAACCUCACCACACCAGAAAUCAAGAGUAUUGUCUUCUAGAAAUGAAACCGCUGUUCGCCUUCUUUACGAAUAUCCACUCGGAACAUUCAUCGAGUCUAUCGCAAUUCGCCCUAACGGCGAGCUUCUCAUGACACUACCUUACAACUCCUCAGUCCAUAGCAUUGACCCCCUGCACUCAAACUACACCCCAACAGUUGUGCAUAACUUCGAUGGCCUCACCAUAUUUGGCAUGACUGAGUAUGAGCGUGAUGUGUACGCCGUGAACGGCGGCAGGUUCUCUUCGAGUACAGGUCCUGUCGCCGGCACUUAUCGUGUCGAUUCCUUGAACUUGACGCAGACUAUGGCAACGUCGUCCACCAUUGCAAAUAUUUCUUCUGGUCAAUUUCUUAAUGGAAUGACUUCAUUACCUCGAUGGGGUGUUGGACCGCGUAAUUUGCUCGUCAACGAUGUCGCCGCUGGCGUAGUCUACAAUCUAGACCCCGUCUCCGGGAAAUAUUUCAUUGCCAUCAACAACACUUACACGCAGGCGCACGAGCACCCCAACCUUGGCGCUGUGGGCGUCAACGGCAUCAAAAUAGGAGAUGGAAUGGUUUACCUCACUAAUACCGGCUUAGGUAUGCUCGUGCGUUUUCCUAUCCACGAAAACGGCACAGAAGUUGCAGGUGGUGCAGUUGAAAUCCUGUCCCACGAGGCGAACUCUACUUGGUUCUACGACGACUUUGCACUGCGCGACACUAUCGCAUAUGUUACGACUGGCUCUGGAAAUUCUAUUGAACGCGUGUUUGCCCCAGCAGUGGGCUCGCAGGGACCGAUCCCAACAGAGAUUGUGGUGGGUAGUCUCAAUUCUACGACUGUAGCAGGGCCGACAGCUGCGGCUUUUGGACGCACACCUUGGGAUAGUCAUAUUUUGUAUGUUACUACAAGCGGGGCAUCGAAUGUACCCGUGGACGGGAGGAUUACUAUUGGUGCACAGGUACUGGCUAUUGAUACCACUUUGUGCUCAUGGGGUUAAAUAAUUUGUUGAGAUCUUGUCAAAGACGCUCAAAAUUCUAUAAAUAAUGGAGGAGAGGGAAUCUAGGGAACAUGAGAAAGAUAUAAAUUCUGAUAUAGAUACUGAUUACUGAUAUGGAAGUCCUGUAUAAAUUAAUAUAGACCUUCAAAUACGAGAGGAGAGAAAUUAAAUGUUAUUGUAGGUAGACGAAGGCUUAAAUAGUAAUGACUGUCGUGUUAAGAACA